AUGAUGGAUCGGAUGACCGAGGAUACUAGUCAUUCUGAUUCCGAUCUGAUCGAUAACGAUGUUGAAGAAGAUGAGUAUGACGAAGAUGAUGAGUUGGAAGAUGUUGAUGAUGGUAUGAGUGAAUUUUGCGGUCGAAAAUAUCCAGAUUGUGCGGUGCUUCCGGGACUUCGAUUCGCUACUGAUACGGUCCCGAACACUGCACUCACAAGCCUAGAGCACAUUGUGUCUCGUGCUACGGUUACUCCAUUACCCGGUCAAUAA